AUGCUUUGCCGCCUGCACUUCAUGCCACCGACAUCCAGCUCGCUGUUCCCCUGGCUCGGCCCCAUCCGCACCCUCUGGCCACAUCCAGACACCCUCUUCGCCGAGCUGGAGAGAGAGCUGAGGCUGGAGAUGGAAAGAGCUCGUGAAUUCAUGAGCAGCUUCGAGCAGUACCUGAGCAGCGGGAGCAGCCCUGGCCGCAUGGGCAUCGCCCCGAGCACCGGCGCAGCCCUGACCCAGAGCUCCGGGGACGGCUUCUCCGUCUGCCAAGAUGUGAAGGACUUUGCACCCGAGCAGCUGUCGGUGAAGGUGGUGGGCAGGAAGGUGGUGCUGGUGGGGCAGAAGGAGACGCAGACAACGGACGACAAGGGCUCCUUCUCCUACAAGUACGAGGUGCUGAAGCGGGAGUGGGACGUGCCUGAGGAGGUGGACGCCGAGGCGCUGACGUGCUCCCUGUCCAAGGAGGGACAACUCCGCAUCGAAGCCCCCAAGCUGGCCCUGCCAGCCACCCCGGAGAGGAAUGUGCCCAUCCAGGUCAGCCCUGCGGUGGCACAGCCGACAGCCAACGCCGAGGACGGGGCUGAGCGAGCCAAGGCGUGA